CGAUCUCCUUUGCCGUAGUUGGAUGAACCAGUCGACGUUGAUACUUCAUGGGAUAUGACUGUGAUUUCGUAGUAGAGAGCUAACUUUAGCUAGACCGUUAGCGGAUUGUCAGGUUCGUAGGAUAACGUUAGCCGAAAGAGGGGUAUUCGAGUGCCAACGCGUUCUCCGUAUAAACCCGUGUUUUUCGUUAGCCUUAAUAAUUUUUAUAAAAUGAAACUGAUCAUGUUGGUGUUUUCCGGUAACGGAAGCUGACUUAACUUAAGCUAGGUGGCAAGCUAGCGUGUUAUCAACUUGUGAAUUUCAUAACUUAGUCAGUGUGCGGGCCAUAACAACCUUAGGAUUCAUCAGAGAGGGUAGCUAGCUGGGGAGCUGCUAGCCGUUAUAUUAGCCGGGUAGCAUAACAACGUGCACUGGGAAACCGAACGAAGUAAAACUGAAUUUUCGCUAGCACAGUGAAGCUAGCCGGUUUGAAUUGGUAAUAUGAAAAAGGCACAGUCUGACACAUUGGGUUUUGUUCCUCAAAAAGACAUCGUAUACAACAAACUUCUGCCGUACGCGGAUAGGCUCGAUGGUGAAUCUAAUGAUAUUUUGGGUAAAAUAAAAGGAAAUUUGGCCCGAGCUGUUCAGCUUAGAGAGAUAUGGCCCGGGGUGCUGUUCUGGACAAGGAAACUUUCCACGUACAUGAGACUGUAUGGGCGGAAGUUCAGCAAAGAAGACCAUGUGCUGUUCAUCAAGUUGCUCUAUGAGCUAGUAACGAUCCCCAGACUGGAGAUCAGCAUGAUGCAGGGCCUUGCACGGCUUCUUAUCAACCUCCUCAAGAAAAGGGAACUACUGUCAAGGGACGACCUUGAGUUGCCGUGGAGACCACUGUACGAACUGCAUGACAGGAUUCUGUUCUCGAAGACAGAGCAUCUGGGCCUCAACUGGUUUCCCAAUUCUCCACGGCCUCGUUCAUCCACUAAACUCAUAAUGCUAAAAUUGGUUCAGAGGUGCUCUGUGGAAAGUGUGUUGAAAACACUUGUGAAAAGCUGCAGACCAUACUUUUCGGAGUCUGCUACUCAGGAGAUGCUGGAUGAGUGGAGACCACUCCUCUGCCCCUUUGAUGUCACCAUGCAAAGAGCAAUCAGCUACUUUGAGCUCUUCCUCCCCACAACUCUGCCUCCAGAGCUGCAUCACAAGGGCUUCAAGUUGUGGUUUGAUGAAAUGAUCAGCUUAUGGGUGUCUGUGCAAAAUCUUCCAAGCUGGGAAGUGCACCUGGUCAGUCUAUUUGCUCGCGUGGCUAAUGACAACAUUGGCUACAUUGAUUGGGACCCUUAUAUCCCAAAGAUUUUCACAAGAAUUUUGAGGAGUUUGAAUCUCCCUGUGGGGACCAGUCAGAUGAUGGUACCACGAUAUGUCACCAAUGCCUAUGACAUCAGCCAUGUGGUGCUUUGGGUCUCAUCCCUCCUGGGAGGACCCACCAAGCAAACUCAAGCACAACUCAGUGGCCUUUUCAACAGUAUUACAUCCUUCUUCCAUCCAUCAAACCAUGGCCGCUGGUUGAUGAAGCUCAUGAAGCUGCUACAGCGUCUCCCAGCCAGCGUGGUACGGCGGCUGCACAGAGAGCGCUACAGAAAGCCCACAUGGUUAACACCGAUACCAGACAGUCACAAGCUCACAGAGGAGGAUAUCACAGACUUUGUGCAGAGCAUGAUGCAGCCCGUUCUGCUGGCCAUGUUCAGCAAGACGGGCAGUCUGGAUGCAGCCCAGGCCCUGCAAAACCUGGCUCUAAUGAGGCCUGAGUUGGUCAUUCCCCCUGUGCUGGAAAAAACAUACCCUGCUCUGGAGACUCUAACAGAGCCCCACCAGCUGACUGCAACUCUGAGCUGCAUGAUCGGUGUGGCACGGAGCCUAGUGUCAGGUGGGCAGCGAUUUCCUGAGGGGCCUACUCACAUGCUGCCCCUGCUUAUGAGAGCUCUCCCAGGCGUCGACCCAAAUGACUUCAGCAAGUGCAUGAUCACGUUCCAAUUUAUUGCUACAUUUGUGACUCUCGUGCCUUUGGUGGACUGUUCGUCUGCCCUACAUGAAAGAACUGACUUGACAGAGGUGGAAAGAGAGAUGUGCUCAGCCUCAGCUGAGUUUGAAGACUUUGUGCUUCAAUUCAUGGACAGAUGUUUUGCCCUGAUAGACAGCAGCACUCUGGAACAAACUCGAGAGGAAACAGAAACUGAGAAGAUGACACAUUUGGAAAGUCUGGUUGAGCUCGGCCUUUCCUCCACCUUUAGCACCAUCCUCACACAGUGUUCGUUGGACAUCUUCAAGGUGGCUCUGGUAAAGGUGUUCAACUUUGCAACCACCAACAUCUUUGAGACGCGUGUAGCUGGGAGAAUGGUGGCUGACAUGUGCAGAGCUGCUUCAAAGUGUCAUCCUGCAGAGUCUCUCAAGAUGUUUGUGCCACACUGCUGCAAUGCCAUAAACCAAAUCACUGUCAAUGAGGAAGUGUUGAAUGAGGAAGAGCUUGACAAGGAGUUGUUGUGGAAUCUUCAGCUCCUGUCUGAGGUGACUCGAGUGGACGGUGACAAGAUCCUGCCCUAUCGUUCUGACCUGGUCCAGAUUUUGCAGUUGACACUCCACCUCAAGUGUAAGCAGGGCUACACUCUAGCUUGCAACCUGCUCCACCACAUCCUUCGUUCUACUGCCCUGAUCUACCCCACAGAGUACUGCAGCGUGCCAGGGGGCUUCCACCAACCAAUCAGCGACUACCUACCCAUAAAGGAUUGGGGUCGACCUGGGGACCUGUGGAAUUUGGACAUCCGGUGGCAUGUGCCCAGUGUUGAGGAGACCUCCUUCUCUUUUUAUUUACUGGACCUGAUCCUCCAGCCUGAACUGCAGCGCCUUCAGAGAUUUGCACAGGGAGAACAGGACAUGAGCAGAGAUGAUGUCCUACAAAGUCUGACCAUUGUUCAGCACUGCCUCCUAGGUGCUGGGAGUCUGAUGCCUCCGCUGAAAGGACAGCCCAUCCCUGAACUGGUGCAUAGCAUGGUGAAUCUAGAUGAGACCACCCUCUAUACAGGAAUGGAGUACGAUCAGACCAGAGAAAACUACAGAGAUGCUAUCUGUAGUGUAAUGAGACAGCUGCUGCAUUACAUCCUCGAGCACUCUGAAGAUGAUACCAAGUCUCUUUUCUCCAUCAUCAAGAUCAUCAGCGACCUGUUGCAUUUCAAAGGUUCUCACAAACAUGAGUUUGACUCGCGCUGGAAGAGCUUCAACCUUGUGAAGAAAUCGAUGGAAAACAGACUUCAUGGCAGAAAGCAGCACAUCAGAGCUCUGCUAAUAGACAGAGUCAUGCUCCAGCAUGAGCUGCGAAAGCUCACAGUUGAAGGAUGUCAGUACAGGAGCAUUCACCAGGAGCUGAUGAAAGAUCUGUUGAGGCUUUCCACAAGCACCUACAGUCAAGUGCGCAGCAGGGCUCAAAAUGUGUUGUUCACUGCACUGGGAACCUACAAUUUCUGCUGCAGAGAUCUGAUCCCCCAUGUGCUGGAGUUUCUCAACCCAGACAACAGCAGUGUCACACAGCAGCAGUUCAAAGGUGCCUUGUACUGUCUUCUCGGGAAUCACAGUGGGGUGUGCCUUGCCAAUCUGCAUGACUGGGAAUGCAUUGCUCUGACGUGGCCUGCUAUUGUACGCUCUGGCCUCAGCUCAGCCAUGUCUCUGGAGAAGCCCUCCAUUGUGCGCCUCUUCGAUGACCUUGCAGACAAAAUCCAUCGCCAGUAUGAGACCAUCGGCAUGGACUUCUCUAUCCCUGCUGAGUGCUGCGCUGUGGCCAAACAAAUUAUGAUUACUGGAAAUCCGUUUCCUGAGGACCCGGUCCCUUCAGAGGAAGAAACAGCAGAAGGUGUUAAGAGGCAGGAGCUCAAGAACUCUGAGUCUAUUGAGAAAUACAAACACCUUAUUGGUGAUCUGCUGGACUGCCUCAGCAACAGAAACAUGCCAUGGAAGUUCGAACACAUUGCAAUUGGCUUCCUGUCAUUGCUGCUGAGAGAUGACCACCAACUCCCACCCCCUGCUGUUAUGUUCUUUGUCAAAAGCCUCAACCAUGACUCCCUCUAUGUCCGCAAGGUGGCGAUAUCAGCUGUAGCAGGGAUCAUGAAACAAAUAAAGAGACCACAUAAAAAAGUCCCCGUCAGCCCAUCUGAGCUUUGCGGAGUGAAGGAGCUGAGUGAUAUUGUGGCAGGGGACCGUCCAGACAACCACUGGCUCCAGUAUAACAGCAGCAGCCUGCCACGCACACAGCAGGACUGGGAUCACUGUGUGUUUGUUGAAAAGACUCACUGGGGAUACUACUGCUGGCCAAGAAAACUGAUGAUGUAUGCACCACUGGAGGAGCAACCCAAACAGAACCUGUCCAGAGAUGAAAUGACAGAGCGGGAGCAGAUCAUCUUCGACCAUUUCUCAGACCCCGUGUUCAUCAACCAGUUCAUUGAGUUUCUCUCACUUGAGGACCGUAAAGGCAAGGACAAGUUUAGCCCUCGCAGGUUCUGUUUGUUCAAGGGAUUGUUCCGCAAUUUCAGCGAUGCCUUUCUGCCUGUGCUGCAGCCACACAUGGAGCGCCUAGUGGCAGAGUCCCACGAGAGCAAGCAGCGUUGUGUUGCAGAGAUCAUCUCUGGGCUGAUCAGAGGCUGUAAGCACUGGAGCUACUCAAAGGUUGAGAGCCUUUGGGAGCUGUUGUGUCCACUACUCCGCACUGCCCUGUCAAACAUCACAAUAGAAACUUACGCCGACUGGGGCACCUGCAUUGCCACAGCCUGUGAGAGCAGAGACCCACGCAAGCUUUACUGGCUGUUUGAGAUGCUAAUGGAGUCUCCAGUCAAUGGAGAGGGUGGCUCCUUUGUCGAUGCCUGCCGUCUGUACGUGCUGCAGGGAGGCCUGGCUCAGCAGGAGUGGCGUGUGCCAGAGCUCCUCCACAGGUUGCUACAAUACCUGGAGCCCAAACUCACACAGGUCUACAAGAAUGUACGGGAACGAAUCGGCAGUGUGCUCACAUACAUCUUCAUGAUUGAUGUCAACUUGCCAUACACCCAGCCAACCACCUCCCCGCGCAUCUCGGACUUCACAGAGCGGAUUCUUUUGCAGCUGAAGCCUCUAACUGAGGGUGAUGAGGAGAUCCAGAACCACGUUAUUGAGGAGAAUGAGGUGGGAGAACAGGAUGAGAGGACGCAAGCCAUCAAGCUACUCAAAACAGUGCUAAAGUGGCUGAUUGCAAGUGCCGGCCGCUCCUUCUCCACUGCUGUGUCAGAGCAGCUACGGUUGCUUCCCCUGCUCUUCAAGAUCGCUCCAGUUGAGAAUGAUGACAGUUACGAUGAGCUGAAGAGGGAUGCAAAGACCUGCCUGUCACUGAUGUCUCAGGGACUCCUCUACACAGAACAGAUCCCCAUGGUCCUCAGUGCCCUGCAGGAGAUCGCUGGCAGCAGCUCCUGGCAUGCUCGCUACACGGUGCUCACAUACCUCCAGAUUAUGGUUUUUUACAACCUCUUCACCUUCAUGAGUGACCAGAAAGCAGUGAAUGACGUGCGGGCACUAGUGAUACGACUGCUGGAGGAUGAGCAGCUGGAGGUAAGAGAAAUGGCUGCCACAACACUCAGCGGCUUCCUUCAGUGCAAUUUCCUGUCCAUGGACGCCCCCAUGCAGGCACAUUUUGAGGCACUCUGCAAGACUUCCUUGCCUAAGAAGAGGAAGAGAGAGCUCGGCUCUGUAGUGGACACUAUACCCUCUGCUGACCUGGUGCGGCGCCAUGCUGGUGUUCUCGGGCUGAGUGCUUGUAUUCUCUCCAGCCCUUAUGAUGUGCCCACCUGGAUGCCCCAGCUCUUGAUGGACCUGAGUGCUCACCUCAAUGACACACAACCCAUUGAAAUGACUGUGAAGAAAACUCUAUCAAACUUCCGACGGACUCACCAUGACAACUGGCAGCAACAUAAGCAGCAGUUCACAGAUGACCAGCUGCUUGUCCUGACUGACUUGCUGGUUUCUCCCUGUUACUAUGCCUAAAACCUGGUAAAGCAUAUUAACCUCACACUGUUCUCCAAAUAUAACGUACUUACUGAAUUUGUUCAUAAGCACACCCGAAAGACAUUCAACAUGAAUAUCAUUCAUCACUGAAGCUGGUGAAGGGGUCAUUUUAGAGGGAUAAGAUUAUGUUUGUUUGUGUCUCACUUGUAUCAGUUUGGGACAACCCCAGACUGUACAGACACCAGCCUGCAUUGGGGAGAAGGCUCCAGUUCUUGACUGAAAGACAGCACAACCCUGGGAAGAGUGCCACACAAAGCAACUGAGUUGUGGCACUGAGGAUUGAAAAGUUGUGUAUUUAUGUAUUUAGCUCAUUUACAUUUUUACUAUACUUAAUAUUUAAGGAUCAAUCAUAGCAGGGAUGAAUGACCUGCAGUUUGUAACAUUACUGUACAGUUUUUUUUUUUCUUCUUUUUUGUUUGUUUGUGUGCAUGUGCACGGGAUGUAUGUGUGUGUGCGCGUUUAUGGGAUGCUUGAAGACAUCUACUGGUGUCCCACACAUUUCUCAGGAUUAUAUCCCAAGAAUCAACUCUGAGCCAACACGAUGUCCAGUGUAGGACACACUCCUUACUAUCCUCCAGUAGUGAAGUGUUUGUUAAAAGCCACAGAGAAUGGACUAUUGAAGAAUGGUCUCCUUAGAUUAGAGUUAAACCUGCAACACACAAUGUUUGUGUGGCUGUUUGAUCUAUAUAUGAUUAUAUGCAUCAUGCAUGUAUAUAUCAUGGUAUAGCAAAUAUGCACAAACAUAUUUAUUUAUUUAUUUGACUUUUUUGAAGUGCUAACUUUUAAUUUUUCAUCAGAUGUAUUUCUGAGAUUGAGUAGAUGGCUGAAUUUUUAGCAAUGGAGUCUAUUCUCAUCUACUCUUGCAAAGAAAGGGAGAGGGCAAGCUCCCCGCUGCUGUGCUGUGUGAUGCGUUUGCUAUGAGGACCUGAGCACAGUUUGAUCACCAUUUCAUGUAUCUGGGUGCAAGAAAAUAACCAAACUGCCUGUUCAUAAUUGUGACCUCUUCCCUUUUAUCCUCACUAUCACUAUCAUUUACCUUUUUUCUAAAACCCAGUGAGAUGAAUCGAAAUGACUUUGGUUUGCUUAUGUUUUCCCCUGAUGACUUGAAAUCAGUCAAAGCAUUGAAGUAUUUAGUACCUCACUUAUGUAUAGCGUAGUGCCAAAACUGCAGUGAUUUUUUUCUUUUUUAGAUGUACUGUUUGCUUAUUGACUGAUGACAAUAAAUUGUUUCUAACAAAAACUGCA